CAGAGGCUCUGGUCCAAUAACAAAUGUCCACAAACACAACCAGCACUUCAUCUAACAAUAAUAUUCGCGUUCGAUUGAAGAAGCCAUUGCUUAUCAGGCAAUCAAUCAAUCAUCAUGCGGUUACACCAACUCUCUCUCACUUCACCCACUCUUCUUCUUCUUCCUCAUUCCCCUCCUUCUCUACAUUUCAAACGCUGUCGUAUUUCAUCCUCUACAACACGAAAUCAUUCACAUAACCGCUUUCUUCAACCUAUGUCUACUUCACGGUUACAGAAGCUUGUACCUGUUGCUGCAAUCGCCACCGAAGAUGCCGCUGGUCCUAAUGGCUCUUCAGCUGCACAUGAAGAUGACGAAUCGAACGGUGGAUAUCGCCUGCCUCCACCAGAAAUUAAAGAUAUUGUUGAUGCACCACCACUUCCAUCUUUAUCAUUUUCUCCAAACAGGGAUAAAAUUUUAUUCCUAAAGCGAAGAUCUUUACCUCCAUUGUCUGAGCUGGCAAAACCAGAGGACAAACUUGCAGGCAUUCGUAUUGAUGGGAAAUCGAAUACACGUAGUAGGAUGUCAUUCUAUACUGGUAUCGGAAUCCAUGAUCUAAAGGAUGACGGCACAUUAGGUCCAGAAAAAGUGAUACAUGGCUUUCCAGAUGGAUCUAAGAUCAAUUUUGUUUCAUGGUCAACAGAUGGCAAGCAUUUAGCCUUCAGCAUUCGGCAAGACCAGGAGGACGAUAUUGGCAGUAAGCUUAGAGUAUGGGUUGCAGAUGUGGAAACAGGAAAAGCUAAGCCCUUGUUUCACGCGCCAGAUGUGUUUCUCAAUGCAGUUUUUGACAAUUACGUGUGGGUCAAUGAUUCUACACUCUUAGUCUGUACCAUCCCAUUAUCUCGUGGAAGCCCUCCGAAAAAACCAUUAGUCCCUUCGGGUCCUAAAAUCCAAUCAAACGAGCGAAAGAGUGUAGUUCAAUCCCGAACGUACCAAGAUUUGCUGAAAGAUGAAUACGAUGAAGAUUUAUUCGAAUAUUACGCCACAUCACAGCUUGUUUUGGUGUCUUUAGAUGGAAGUGUGAAAUUAUUUGGGGAACCAGCUAUAUAUACGUCACUAGAUCCAUCUCCUGAUCAGAAAUAUGUUUUACUAAGCUCAAUUCAUAGGCCGUUUUCUUUUAACGUGCCAUGUGGCAGAUUCCCUACAAAAGAUGAUUUGUGGUCCGCUGAUGGGAAAUUUAUAAGAACACUUUGUGAUUUGCCUCUUGCUGAGGAUAUUCCGAUUACAUUUAAUAGUGUUAGAAAAGGCAUGCGGUCUUUGAAUUGGAGAGAAGAUAAGCCUUCAGAUCUUUACUGGGUGGAGACACAAGACGGUGGUGAUGCUAAAGUAGAAGUUUCUCCUCGUGAUAUAGUCUACACACAAGCUGCCGAUGCCCCUGAAGGUGAAGAGCCAAAAAUCUUUUUUAAGCUUGAUCUUCGCUAUGGAGGAAUUAGCUGGUGUGAUGAUUCACUUGCCCUAGUAUAUGAAUCAUGGUACAAAACACGACGUGUAAGAACGUGGUUGGUUGCCCCUGGGUCCCACGAGACCCCACGUUUAUUAUUUGAUAGAUCGUCUGAAGAUGUUUACUCGGACCCCGGUUCUCCCAUGUUAAGGAGAACUCCAGAUGGAACAUAUAUCAUUGCUAAAUUUAAAAAGGAAGAUAAAGAAGGGACGUAUUUAUUACUAAACGGAAGUGGUGCUACCCCAGAAGGAAACAUACCUUUCUUAGACCUCUUUGACAUAGAUACGGGAGAUAAGGAAAGAAUAUGGCAGAGCGACAAGGAGAAGUAUUACGAGAGUGUUGUGGCUUUAAUGUCGGACCAAACAGCAGGAGACUUGAACGUGAACGAGCUAAAAGUGUUGACUUCCAAAGAGUCAAAGACUGAAAACACCCAAUAUUAUAUACAACACUGGCCCGAUAGGAAAGCAUUUCAAAUCACUAGCUUUCCACAUCCAUACCCGCAGUUGGCAUCAUUACACAAGGAAAUGGUGCGGUAUGAGAGACGAGAUGGGGUGCAAUUGACGGCAAAUUUGUACCUGCCACCUGGCUAUGACCCGUCACGGGAUGGCCCGUUACCUUGUUUGGUUUGGGCUUAUCCUGGUGAGUUUAAGAAUAAAGAAGCAGCGGGUCAAGUUCGUGGUUCACCUAAUGAGUUUCCUGGCAUAGGUUCAACUUCACCGUUGCUUUGGUUGGCAAGGAGAUUUGCGAUAUUGUCUGGACCCACAAUACCUAUCAUUGGUGAGGGAAAAGAAGAGGCAAAUGAUAGUUACGUUGAACAACUUGUUUGGAGUGCAGAGGCUGCAGUUCAGGAAGUUAUCCGCCGUGGGGUGGCUCAUCCAGACAAAAUUGCUAUUGGGGGACAUUCUUAUGGAGCAUUCAUGACCGCAAAUCUCUUAGCACAUGCCCCUCAUCUUUUUUCUUGUGGAAUUGCUCGCUCAGGAGCUUACAAUAGAACACUAACGCCUUUCGGGUUUCAGAGUGAGGAUAGAACGCUGUGGGAAGCUACUGAUACUUACAUCAAGAUGAGUCCUUUCAUGUCCGCCAAUAAGAUUAAGAAGCCCAUUUUACUUAUUCAUGGAGAAGAAGACAAUAAUUCAGGAACCUUAACGAUGCAGUCGGAUCGUUUCUUCAAUGCUUUAAAGGGUCACGGGGCCCUCUCUCGCCUAGUCAUCCUACCAUUUGAGAGCCAUGGUUAUUCAUCACGGGAGAGCAUAAUGCAUGUCCUUUGGGAAACUGACAGGUGGCUACAGAAAUUCUGUGUUUCAAAUUCUUCAGAAGAUAUUGCAUCAAAAAACAAUGAAAGCAAAGAAACUAAAGGCUCUGAGGAUAAAGCUGUCGCCUCUGGUGGUGGUGGUGCUGUUGCUGAGCUGGAAGACAAUGGAGUUGAUGAUCUUCAUUUUCAUACAAGAUCAUCACUUUGAUUCUCGUUUUGGAGCAACAAUUGGUCACUGGUUAUUUGAAAAGCUAUUUAGCAGGCGUGCCAUAUCAGCUCCUGAGAAUACACAAUCGGCUGAUGCUGUGCAAUGUAUAUAUGAAGGGAUGGCUAUUGUACCGUCCCUAUAGUCUUGAAACGAAAACAAAACAAACUUGUAUGCGACUUGGAUACAAUUAAUUUUUGUAACAAACUAACAAUCCUGCAACAUGAAAUUGGAGGAAGCAAAUUCAUUUAAAUUUGUCAUUUGAUACAACAAUUCUUCUAUCAUUUGAUGUAACCUUUUUAUAUAAAAUAAAUUACCAUUUUUGCUUGUUA